CAAACUGGAGAGGGGUUGGGAAAAUGAGAGCGCAACAAGACGUAACUAUCGAGAACUAAUACUUUUUUUUAAUUUUAGUUCUUGUUAAAUCAAUAUCGAUAAUUUAAAUGUUAAAAGAUUUUUGACAGAAUGGGGAUAUUUUAUCUUUCUGGAGUCCCCCACGAAGGACAAACUUAACUUUAGGGACUGUUUCAUAGAGGAUGUAAGCGGUCACGCUAUCUUUCGCAGCAACUUGUUGCGUUGAACAGAUUGAACGGAAGAAGCAUCAGCCACAAUGGGGAAUGUAAAUAACCGGAGGGCUCUUUAAGAAGUCCACUGAACGCUCUCGAGAUUGGCAGAACCUAUUAAGAAGCAGUCUGUAACAGUAUAUCCAACCACAUCUACAUCCAAGGAUGAGGAUCAAAUACACAAUAUCCAUUGUCUUUUUCUUGGCACUUGUUAUUAUCGAGAAGGAAAACAACAUAAUUUCAAGGGUGUCCGAUAAGCUCACCUUAAGGCAGACGCCUCGCACCCCUCUGGAGCCCGUGCUGUCCUCCCGUGAACUCCUGAGACACAACGGCUCAGCGAGCCUGAACCACGCGUCCCCCCGCGAGCCCAACCCGGCCUUCACCCUGUUGAAGCGGCGCGUGGAGAACCGCACCCAGCACCAGCCGGAGGGCUCGGGCGGCCGGAAGCACAUCCUCCUGCUGUCCACCACCCGCUCGGGCUCCUCGUUCAUGGGCGAGUUCUUCAACCAGCAGAGCGACAACAUGUUCUACCUGUAUGAGCCGCUGUGGCACGUGGAGAAGAGGCUGACCCUGGCGACCGGCGGCGUCAACGGCACGGCGGCCAACUGGGCCUACCCGGAGGUCCUCCGGCGGCUCUUCCUCUGUGACUUCUCCCUGCUGGAGAGGUUCAUCGAGCCGGCGCCGGUGGCCCACGUCACCGCCGACCUCUUCCGCAGGAGCUCCAGCAGCUCCCUGUGUGAGGACUCUGUGUGCAGUCCGUCAGUCAAAGGCGUGUUCGAGCACCACUCCUGCAAGAACCGGCGCUGCGGCCCUCUCAACCUCACCCUGGCCUCGGAGUCCUGCCUGCAGAAGGCGCACAGGGCUAUCAAGCUGGUCAGGGUGCGGCAACUGCAAACCCUGCGCCUGCUGGCCGAGGAACCGGGCCUGGACGUCAGGUUCAUCCAGCUGGUGCGGGACCCCAGGGCCGUGCUGGCGUCUCGCAUUGUGGCCUUCGCCGACCGAUACAAGAACUGGAAGCAGUGGGCCGAGGAUGGGGACGUGCCCAUCGACGACGUGGAGGUUAGUAAGCUCAAAGGGAACUGCAACAACCUGAGGAUGUCGGCCGAACUGGGCCUGAAGCAGCCACUGUGGCUGCGUCGGCGCUACAUGUUGGUGCGCUAUGAGGACAUCGCCCGGUUCCCCCUGCAGAAGGCUUUGGAGAUGUACAAUUUUGCUGGAAUUCCGUUUACUUCAAAGGUGAAGGCCUGGAUUCUCAGCAACACACAGGCCUCCAAGGAGACCGGUGGCAUUUAUUCAACGCAGAAGAAAUCUUCGGAACAAGUAGAAAAGUGGCGGGCGAAUAUACCUUUCAAGAUAGCUCAGGUCGUUCAGAAGGUUUGUGGGUCGACGUUGAAACUGUUUGGCUACAAGUUUGUAAGCAGUGAAGAAAUGUUAACAGACAAAUCAAUAAGUUUGAUUGAAAAUAAGGUUUUUAACUAGGUAGGACUUGCAAACCUUGGAACCCUCAAGAGAAAGUGUUUGGGCUUGAAAGAUAGAUAAUUAUUUAUUAGGGGCUGCUAGCCUCAAAAAGAUCUUGUCUGAUAAUACACUCUUUAAAGUGCUUUACUAUUUAAAUGAAAGAAUGUUAAUAGACCAUUGUCUUUAACAGUCAUAUUGCGUAUUGUUUGUUCUUGUGGGGUCUUUGUGGUGGGACAACACUGUUCCUUUCUGUUGGUAUGAAAGGAAACUAUUGCGGUUAUCUGUUAGUGUCUGUGCAUGUGAAAACAUAGCUUUUAAGAAAUCUGAAAGAGAUAUUACUGUACCUAUGUGUACUGUAGA